AGGAUCAGUUUGGAUUCCUAAGCCCACGCCCAACACCGUCGACAAAGUCAAGAGCAUGAUCAGAAUGCUGGACGAUGGCGUAUCGUACCUCUACCUGACCCCUUCUUACAUGAAGGUGAUCAUCAGUGUGGCCCAGUCACAGAAUCCCGAUAUCAAGUGGGAGAAAACCAAGACAAUUGCCUUGGGCUCGGAGUUGGUGCCUCCAAGUACCGUGAAUGGCACCAAACGUAUCUUCCCAAAUGCUGUAUUGGGAAUAGUAUAUGGAUCGAGUGAAUCGCUCCUCAUUGGCGCAACCUCCGUUUGCCGCCUCCCAGCCAACGAGAUUCUGAAAACAGGCAAACUGGUUUACAAGCUGAUGAAGCCUGAUAUCCGUUCUCUCCUUUUUGACGAGGAAGGCAACAUUGUUGACCAACACCAAACCAAGGAAGGAAUCCUCGUCUUUGCCGUCGACAAGGAUCAUCCCAUCAAGAACCACCCCAACUUUGUCAACGCCGAUCCGAAUGACAAGCUCGCCUCGUUCGGCUUCCUUGAGGAUGGCUCGCCCCGUGUCUGCACCAUGGACUGGGUCGAGAUGGUUGGCGAGAAGCAGUUCACUGUGGUUGGAAGAUUCGACCAGAAGAUCAAGGUCAACGGCGUCUAUGUUGACCUCAACGCCCUCGAGGAGCUGGCCAACGAAAACAUGUCCAAGAUCAUCUCGGACUGUGCCUUCAUCCAGACCUCCGAGAAGAAGAUCGUGAUGCUCUUUGUCCGCAGAAGGGGCUCUGAGGUCAACCCCACUCCUGCCGAGCUUCUGCAGCUGACCGAGGACAUGUUUGCGCUGACAAACGUCGCCAAGUUCCCGAUCCACAACUGCUUCGAGCUCGACGAGUUUCCCUUCAACGACUCGGGCAAGCGCGACCUCAAGAAGCUCAGGCGCAUCGCCGAGGAUGCCGAUCAGUACGGCAAGUCGGUCGAGUACCCUCCCCUAAAACUCGCCAACACUCCCCUGUCCCGCACUGCCGCCAAGAUAUCCACACUUGGCAGCCAGAUCAUCGACAACCCCGCCCUCGACGGCCGCAACUACUACAUCGGCGGCGUCGGCUUUGACUCGCUGAGUGUCGGCCGCCUGGCCCUCGCCAUCAAGGACGAGUUCAAUGUCGAGAUAUCGCCUCUGAUCCUCCUGUCGAACGGAAUGACACCGACUGAUGUCGCCCAGUUGGUUGUCGACAUCCUCGACGACAGACCGAUGAUUCCCCCGACCGUCCAUCUGGCUGCCGAGGCCGCCAAGCUCGACGAUACGAGUGUGACGGCCGAGGGUCUUCCUCCGUUUGUCUAUCCCAAGGACCCUCGCGGCAUCGUUCUGACCGGUGCCACUGGCUUCCUCGGUGCCUUCCUGGUCUUUGAGCUGGCACACAAGUUCCCUCGGGCCAAGAUCAACUGCCUGGUCCGAGCCCCGACCGAGCAGGUGGCUGUCGAGCGCAUCAUCAGCACGGCUCAGAAGUUGGUCCUCGAUCCGAGCCAGAGAGCCUUCCUUGACCACAGCCUCAAGUCUCGACUCGUUGGACUGUGCGGCAACCUGUCGAAGAACAAGUGGGGACUCUCGGACGAGCGAUGGAAGGAGAUCAGCGAGGAGACCGACAUAAUUGUCCACAACGGCGCCGAGGUCCACUGGCUGUUUGACUAUGACAGACUCAGGGGACCCAACGUCCUCAGUACGGCGACGGCCCUGAGACUGGCCACAACCCACCACCUGAAGCCGCUGCACUACAUCUCGACCAUCGGCACGAUCCCGAUGGCCAAGAAGGCAGACAAGCCGCUCGAGGAGACGAUCUACUCGGCCUGGAACAUCUCUGGCGGGUAUGGCCAGACCAAGUGGGUCUCUGAGCAGCUGGUCAACAAGGCACGAUCGAGGGGAGUACCUGCGACGAUCAUUCGCCCAGCCGUCAUUGCUGGCGACAGCCAGUACGGAGUGUCCAACUCUGAUGACUACAUCUGGCGAUAUGUCAAGGGAUGCAUCCAACUCGGUGUUGCUCCCUCGCACGCCACUCUUGUCACGAUGACCAUGGAUCCCGUCGACCAUGUUGCCAAGGUGGUUGCCGAGAUUGCCGGCUCGGAGGAGUCCCUGUCCAAGUUUGUGUUCCACGUCAGCGACUCGGAGCACAGUGUCCUCACUGAGACCCGGCUGUUUGAGAUUGUCAGGAACCAUGGCUGGCCGAUCCUGUUCGAGACCCGCGAGCAGUUCAAAGAGGCAUUCCACUCCCAUCCCGCCGUCGAGAGCAACGCCCUGUUCCCGCUCAUGCACAUCAUGAUGGACAUGUCCUUCAAGAUCGACAACGCCAACACCCGCUCGAUCUACCCGGCGCCGUGUCCCUCGCUGGAGGAGGUCGUCGAGAAGUGUCUCAACUAUCUGCACCACGUUCGCUUCUUGGACGAUCCCCUGGACCCGUCUUCGUCCUUCAAGAUCAAGUAUCCCGAGACCAGCGUGGUCACCCGCACCGGCCGCAACUAAGGUCCGAUGCAUGACGGCGAUGUGGAUUAGAGACUCUGAAUGCCUCAUAAUCUUGAUAAUAUCCCGUGUUUCGUGUCUCUUGUUCUAUUUGGAUCUGUCGUCUCUACCUUUUCUUCCAGAUGUGCCGUGUCUCCCGUUUCCUUUUCCUGUCUGUUGCUUCCUUUGGUGAUCCCAGUGAUGGAUGGUUUGCCAGACAUCAGAGUAUUCGAAUGAGUCCUUAAACGCUGGAGCUGGAAUAUCACUCAAUACAUAUCAAGCAAGGAACUCGACCAAC